AUGUUUGGCUCCCGCAGAAAACGCCGGCCGUACACGUCUGCUACAUCUGCGACAGUCGAUCCGAAUGCGGCCACGGCUGCUGCUUCUGCCUUCCAUCUCUCGUCGGCCGCCGCCGCCGCCGCCAUCCGCGCAAUUCCGCUUUCACCGACCAAUGUUGCCGAGGUGCAGACGGCACGCACGUUGCGACGUAGUGCGUCGGUCUCCUCGCAGGGCUCGCGUCGUGCCUUCAGUCCGGUGUCGACCCUGCGACGUGCCAAGGGCAAUGCUGGAGGAGCGCCGACGCUGCGGCGCAAAGGAAGCGCGUCGUCGAUGAGCGAGCGGUCUUUCCGUUCGGGCAGUCCACACCAUGCGCGAAGAGCGGCUGCUGCCAUUGCCGCCGCCUCAGCCUCUUCGCUGCCUGCAGGUCACGACAGGACUCAGAGCGUGGCUGCCAGUGCGGCUGUCGCAGCCACACACGCGCAGUCGCAUUCACGGUCUCUCGACAGCAGAAGCCGAUCGGUGCCUCCACUCCCAACUGUCCCAACUGUACCGAAACAGAGGACACAGCAGCCAAAGACGGCUCGAGGCUCGUGGUUUGGCGGUGCCGUCGUGGGUGAUUAUGCACCUGUGCAGACAUCGGCCCAGGACGGUCGCCCAAGCAGUCGCAGCUCGUCGAUCAACUUUUCGUAUCCCAGCCGCGCCCGAGUUAGCUCGCCACUGCCGACCAACGCCAACGCUUCGCAGACCGAACCUGUCGCUGUCGUCGUCUCGGUGCCUGUCGCAAGACCGCCAAUGCGGGCAGCCUCGACUGAGCGGACGCCCAAGAGCUCGCUCGGCCGUAUGAUGAGCCACCGGAGAUCAGCAUCGACGAGCCGGGCCACAACGGCAUCGAGCCGGACAGACCAGUCACUGGUGUACGACCCAAACUCGCGACGAAUGGUGCCACGGGCUGAGCUCUUGUUCAUGGAACAGGAGGUUCUGGAGAUCGAAGAGCAGACGAGACCGCGCAAGAAGAAGGCCGCGCCAUCACACACCGGCGUGCAUACGACCAAGGCCGCCACAACACGGACACAUGAUUCUCCACCACAGCAUCUACUGCGCGUUCCAGCUUUGUCGCCGCCUGCUGUCCAGACACGCCCUACUGAGCCGAUGACCGAGGUCCCAGCCGAGAGGGAGUUGGACGAGUUUUUGCAGCCACCCCCAGCCCUGUCAACAUCCAUAUCUACGCCAUCCUCGUCGGUGUCUUCGCUUGCAAUUCCCCAGACAGCAGCAGCCGUGCCGAUGGGAGUUCAGACCGAAAACAAGGAGGACAGCCGCAUCGAAUCUUCGCAGACAGAAGAAGUAGCACGACCACUCUUGCUGAAGCGGCCGUCCCGUGUGAAAGAGGAGCCGGAGCGCGAGAAGGAGGAAGAGGAAAGGCGCCAUGAGCAGCAUGGGCAACCUACGACGGUCGAUGUGCGUGAAGGAGAGCAGCCGAACAACGCUGGACGCACCGCCCAUUUCGCGCCUGUCUCGGGCGGACUCACCGUGCAGCGAUACUCACCGCCACCACGGUCGAUCUCGCCGCGGAAAUCUGCCAUGAAGCACGCGAACUCGCCGAGAGAUCCGUCUCCGGCGGACGGGUCCAAGGAGCCUGCAGCUGCGUGUCCGCCGCAGAAAGAGCACACGCUGGCGAAGAAGUCGAACCGGGUCAGCUUCACGGACGAGAACACAAUUCUAGUGCACCGGGACGAGGAGGAGGAAGAGGAGGAGUCGGUGUCACUGCCAUCUGCACUGCCGGUAGCAACAGAAACGCCGGCCAGCACAUCCGUUCCGCCGGCACACCGCCGAUGGUUCAACAGUCUUGGUCGGGGCAGGAAGAACGACGCGGCCGCAGGUUUGGAAGAUGACCAGAUCAUGAAGCCACGUCCGGCCUUGCCGUCUUUUGGUAGCAUCCGAGAGCGAGCACCUGUGCAGACGAAGCAGCCGGAAGAGCGGGCACUGAUGCGGCCCCAUCCCGCAUCAUCGCCGGCAGCCUCUGAGAUAUUGCAGGAGCAGGCAACCAGUCCCCGGAAUACGGCUAACACGUCACGCUACCGGGAGCCCCUACCGCCUGUCGUGACGUCUGUCGACGGCUGCGGAUACAACUCGGACAGUGACACAAGCACGGUCAGCAACGAAGACAUAGUGGAUGAAGAUGAGGACGAGGACGAGGACGAGGACGACAUCACUCCCAUCGCAACGCCAGCUGUUCACUCAUCCAUUGCAAGCAAACGAAACGCCCCUCUGCUUCCGGAUAUAUCGGUCACCCGCGCAAGUCAAGAGAGCCUUGAAGCGACCAAGCCAGAGGUUGAGGCUGAUGUGGCUACCGAAGCAACCAAGCCUAGUCCUACCGGCUCUUUCUUUGAUGUGCCCGGCAUGUUCCCGGACUCGGAAUCGGACAGCACGUCGCGGAGCGGAUCGUCGCCGACAAAAGCAGGGUUUGUCAUGGCUGAAUCUUGUGCGGAAGACGGAGACGACCCGCUGGCGAUGCAGUCAGCCGGGACGGUUCUCGCCGCUCCGAUGCCGACGGUGCCAGAGGAGCCCGGACCGAACGAAGCGGACGAAGACGACACGGACACCAGCGUCUAUAGCGAUGCCUACGAGGAUCUGUCGGACAUGGAGGGCGACGGGUUCCUGUCUCUCAAUGCUGUUGUGGAGAGCCCGAUCCGGGCGGCGUUAUCACCGCUGCAGCCCAAGUCCGAGAAGCCUGCGGAGCAGCAGAAGCAGUCGCCACCGCCCCCAUUUUCAGCAGGCCUGGUGGCCCGCGCAGCGCAGGUGGCCGAAGCAGACAUCGGAGGGCUGCCGUCUCCGGCGGACAAGCCGGCCCAGCCGGCCAAGCAGGAGGCCGAUCAGGGGUGUGAAGAGGACGACUGGGAAAAAGUCAAGGCAUUUUGGCGCAGCCUCUCGGAAGAGAAGCGUGCGCAACUGGAGUUGGCCGCCAGGGACGAGGCCGGGGCCGAUGGCGACCUUGAGGAGGCGACGCUGGAGAAACGGCCAAGACAGAAGAAGGCAGCCGAGACGCGGGCGGCCGAGAAGCAGGGCUGGGCGGACGGUGAGGUGCGGCCAUCGAAAGCAGUACUCCCGCGGAUCCGACGAUCUAUGCGCGAGGCCAACAGACAGGAGUCGGUACAGGCGCAGCCUCGACAGACAGGACAGAAGAACGGGUCAGUCGGCAGUGCAGCCAGUACUGUAAGCCUGCGACGCCGAGGUUCAGAUUCCAGCGAGAGCAGCUUCAAGCGGUCACGAGGCGACGACGGUGGCAGUGGAGGCGGUGGAGGUGGUGGUUUUCGCAAGACGAUGCGGCGAGACUCCAACGCGUCGUCAGAACAAAACCGCAGCAGCCGCUUUUCGCUGCGGUCGCUGUCGCCAGCAGGAUCAACGCUGCGUGGCUCGCACACACAGAGCUCGGAACCGCCACAGCUUCGCAAGUCGCUUCGGGACAGCAAGACAAACAAGCCAGUUGGUGGAGGCGGCGUCUUCUCGUCGGUCAGCCGGUCCAAUGGCAGUAAGCUGCUGCUACAGCGCGGCAAGAACGGGCCGUCGAGUCGCUUUGGCGAUUCCAGCGACGAGGAUGACGACACGCUGGUUGGCAGUAAUGCGACAGGCAGGAAAGUGAGCAACGGUGGUGGUGGUGGUGGUGCAGCGGUUCGCAGCCGGUUUGCCGAUUCGAGUGACGACGAAGACGACGACGACGAUGCCUUCAAAGGCCUGGCAGCAACCAAAUUUAAUUCGAGAAACUCGAGCCACCGAAUGGCCAUGUCUCUGCGGCCAGGCAGCGCAGGUGGUCGUGGCAGAAGGUCCCUGAGCCCUCCGCUGCCAGAAGAACUGGAGGAGGAAGAAGCGGCGGCAAUGGCCGGUGGAAGGCGGCCGGGACCAGAAAGCCGUCGGGGUGUUGCCUCGUCGGCCACAUCGACGCUUCGGCGGUCUCGUUCCGGCCGUGGCGAGAUGGGGGUGUCGUUGACCGGGAUGGCAAAUAGCCCAGAUCAACAGCAGCAGCUGCGGCAUCGACGGUUGAGCAGCACGAGCAGUUUCAUGUCGGCGUUACGGCGCAAGAAGAACGGUGGCGUCGGCUACACCAGCAACGGCCGGAUGACAGAAAGUGCGGCUCGACGCGACACGGAGCUGGAGCGAAGUGCUCGAGAGCUGCAGGCGGUACGGAACAGCAGCGAUCGCGAUGAGGACAGCAGUGGGAACUAUGUCCUCAGCGGCAGCAACGUCGACAACAACAGAAGCUGGCCCCUGCGAGGAGUGCAUGCGGGAGCCGGGACUUACCAGGCGUCCGUCUCGGCCGGCGCUGCCUUGGAUGGCUCGCUGCCGGAACGGAGGAAGAAGAUGUUCCCGGCGCUGCGCAGAAUGUUCCGACUGGAUGACUAA